CGGGCGGCUCCCGUCGCGACUUCCUGUUGUGCCCGCGCCCCACCGCCGCCGCCGCCCGGCACCCCUCGCCGGCUCCCCGCGGCCCGGCGCCGCCCAUGGAUUUCACCUAGCGCAGCGGCAUGGCGGCGCAAUGCUGCUGCCGCAAGGCGCCUGGCGCCGAGGCCGCGCCCGCCCGCCCGCCGCCCGAGCCGCCGCCCGCCCUGGACGUGGCCUCGGCCUCCAGCGCGCAGCUCUUCCGCCUCCGCCACCUGCAGCUGGGCCUGGAGCUGCGGCCCGAGGCGCGCGAGCUGGCCGGCUGCCUGGUGCUCGAGCUGUGCGCGCUGCGGCCCGCGCCCCGCGCGCUCGUGCUCGACACGCACCCAGCCCUGCGCCUGCACUCGGCCGCCUUCCGCCGCGCCCCCGCCGCCGCCGCCGCCGAGCAGCCCUGCGCCUUCGCCUUCGCCGCUCCCGGACCCGGGCCCGCGUCCCCGCCCCCUCUGCCCACCUUCCCCGAGGCGCCCGGCGCCGAACCCUCCUGCUGCCCGCUGGCCUUCAGGGUGGACCCGUUCACCGACUACGGCUCCUCGCUCACCGUCACGCUGCCGCCCGAGCUGCAGGCGCACCAGCCCUUCCAGGUCAUCCUGCGCUACACCUCCACCGACGCCCCUGCCAUCUGGUGGCUGGACCCCGAGCUGACCUAUGGCAGCGCCAAGCCCUUCGUCUUCACCCAGGGCCACUCCGUCUGCAACCGCUCCUUUUUCCCCUGCUUCGACACGCCCGCCGUCAAGUGCACCUACUCCGCCGUGGUCAAGGCCCCACUGGGGGUGCAGGUGCUGAUGAGCGCCACCCAGAGCGCCUACGUGGAGGAGGAGGGUGUCUACCGCUUCCGCAUGGAGCACCCCGUGCCCGCCUACCUCGUGGCCCUGGUGGCUGGGGACCUGCAGCCGGCAGACAUCGGGCCCAGGAGCCGCGUGUGGGCCGAGCCGUGCCUCCUGCCCAUGGCCACCAGCAAGCUGUCGGGCGCGGUGGAGCAGUGGCUGAGCGCGGCCGAGCGGCUGUACGGGCCGUACAUGUGGGGCAGGUAUGACAUCGUCUUCCUGCCCCCCUCCUUCCCCAUCGUGGCCAUGGAGAACCCCUGCCUCACCUUCGUCAUCUCCUCCAUCCUGGAGUGCGACGAGUUCCUGGUCAUCGACGUCAUCCACGAGGUGGCCCACAGCUGGUUCGGCAACGCCGUCACCAACGCCACGUGGGAGGAGAUGUGGCUGAGCGAGGGCCUGGCCACCUACGCCCAGCGUCGCAUCACCACCGAGACCUACGGUGCAGCCUUCACCUGUCUGGAGACGGCCUUCCGCCUGGACGCGCUGCACAGGCAGAUGAAGCUGCUGGGAGAGGACAGCCCCGUCAGCAAGCUGCAGGUCAAGCUGGAGCCAGGGGUGAAUCCCAGCCACCUGAUGAACCUGUUCACCUACGAGAAGGGCUACUGCUUCGUCUACUACCUGUCCCAGCUCUGCGGGGACCCCCAGCGCUUCGACGACUUCCUGCGAGCCUACGUGGAGAAGUACAAGUUCACCAGCGUGGUGGCUCAGGACCUGCUGGACUCCUUCCUGAGCUUCUUCCCGGAGCUGAAGGAGCAGAGUGUGGACUGCCGGGCAGGGCUGGAGUUUGAGCGCUGGCUCAAUGCCACGGGCCCGCCGCUGGCCGAGCCGGACCUGUCUCAGGGAUCCAGCCUGACCCGGCCUGUGGAGGCCCUCUUCCAGCUGUGGACCGCGGCGCCCCUGGACCAGGCGGCCGCCUCCGCCAGCUCCAUUGACAUCUCCAAGUGGAGGACCUUCCAGACGGCGCUGUUCCUGGACCGGCUCCUGGACGGGUCCCCGCUGCCCCAGGGGGUGGUGACCAGCCUGUCUGAGUGCUACUCCGCCCUGCUGGACUCCAUGAACGCCGAGAUCCGCAUCCGCUGGCUGCAGAUCGUGGUCCGCAACGACUACUACCCCGACCUGCACCGCGUGCGGCGCUUCCUCGAGAGCCAGAUGUCCCGGAUGUACACCAUCCCGCUGUACGAGGACCUCUGCACCGGCGCCCUCAAGUCCUUCGCCCUGGAGGUCUUCUGCCAGACGCAGGGCCGGCUGCACCCCAACCUGCGCAGGACCAUCCAGCAGAUCCUGUCCCAGGGCCUGGGCCCCGGCGCGGAGCCCGGCGCGGAGCAGGGCGGGGCCGGAGCCGACGCCGCGGUGGACACGGACACCCCGGCCCUGCUGCUCGGGGACGAGGCCCCCAGCAGCGCCAUCUCUCUCAGGGACGUCAACGUGUCCGCCUAGCCCUGACCUCUCAGACACCACGAUCGUGCCUUCGGUGGCCCCGGCUGGCCGUGAGCUCCGCCCGGGCCACCCUCGCCUCUGGGGCUGCUCCCCGGGGCCUCCUCACGGCCGGCCGAGGCCCUCGGACCUGGCCCCUCGCCCACUUGCACUGCUGCCCUGGCCGGCCAGCACACGGCACGCCCUCUGGUCUCAACACUGGCUGCGGCGCCGCCCCCGGGCUGACCAUGGUGACCACCACACUGUGCCUUAUCGCUGCUGGGAGGCCUGGGCUGCGCUGUCCCCACAGCGGGCCUCCCACAGAGCCCUGCCCCCAGGGUGAGAUGCCUCGGUCGGCCUCUGGCAGAGGGACAAGGACACAGACCUGCCCUCGGCGCGGGGGCAGGGGACGCUGAGGAGAGAAUGGCCGCCCCUGGGGACGAGUCCCUGGAGAGCCUCAGCCCUGCAGGGAGCGUGGGGCCCCCAGCCAGGACGUCUGGGUCUGCCGGGGCCGGUGCUGCUGUGUCCGAGGGGCGGGGCAGGUGGAGCUGGUGCUGUGUGGGCCGCCACGCUAGGGGAGUCCCUGGGGCCCCGCGCUCAGAGCGCAGCCACUCAGGGGACCGCUGCAACAGGGUCACCGUGAUUGUCCCAUUAAACCUCCCCUCUGAAAA